CGGGGAGCGUGUCAAUGUGGAACCUUCAGAAUGCCAAGGAUCCGAACCGAUUCACGGGGUAGUGUCAAUUUUAUGAGUGACGCAUCGAGUUUCUUAUGCAGUUGCUAACAAGGAGAGGAAAGAAGAAGUAUGAUAUUGUGCAGGGAGAUAGUGCUGUGGCUGAUAUAAUCACUAUAGAGUCACUGCAGUAUGAUCUCAACUCGAUUGAAGCUGCAACAAACAACUUUGCAGACGGUAAUAGACUAGGUGAAGGUGGUUUUGGGGUGGUUUACAAGGGUAGAUUUACUAAUGGACAAGAAAUAGCUGUGAAGAGAAUCAUACAUUGGGAUCUCAAAGCCAACAAUGUAUUGCUAGAUGGUGACAUGAAUCCAAAAAUUUCAGAUUUUAGAAUGGCAAGGGUCCUUGAAGUUCAUCAAUCUCAAGGAAGCACAAAUAGAAUUGCUGGAACCUAUUUUGGUGUUUUAGUUCUAGAGAUUUUAAGCAGCGAGAAGAACAGUAACUUUUAUCAAACAGAAGGAACUGGAGACCUAAUAAGCUAUGCCUGGAAACUUUGGAAGGAUGGGAGACUAUUGGAGCUUUUGGACCCGAUUCUUGGAGAUUCUUACGCAAGAAAUGAAGUCACUAGGGAAUGGGCAUUUGAAACCCAGACCGUGAGCUGCGACUGGGACGGGGAUAGAUACUUUCACUCAGCCGUCUGAGUUUCACAUAGCCUUGCCCUUGUUUGCUUCUGCUCUGUUGGCGGAUUCAUCUGGAUACCAUGCUCCGAGAUCUUAUACAUCGAUAUUAGUUUUUCUAUAUUGGCACAUUAAUAAAAAUGUAUUUAUUAU